GGUUAUGCAAAUGGGGACAACAAUGCAAAUGGGAACAACAACAAAUGGAAAUAUUACUGGAUUAUUUAGUUUUAAUAAUAAUUCUACAAAUACUGCUGGAAUUACUUCGGCACAUUGUCAACAAUUGGAUGAACCUUUUGAGCUAGAAGAGGGAGGAAGCCGUAAAAGCUCUGAUGAAAAAUUAAGACGUCGCUAUCCAUCUCGCUCAAUCUCUAAUACAUUGGACGAUGACGACAAUAACGCGGAAUGCCAUGUUGCCUUUACUGUGGCCACAAGUGUGUUAAGUCUUUCCUAUCCUUCUUCAACAACAUUUUCUCCUUCAAAUUCUCAAUUAAAUUCUUCUCAACAACAAAAACUACAAACACAACAACAACCAAAGCUUUCCAACUUUUUUCAAAAAAUUCCAACGACUAAAUUGACGGAAAAUGGAAGAGGAGGAGAGAAAGGAAAUUUAGAAGAACUAUUUUCUUCUGAUGAAUUCUCUCAACAUACUUUAUUGACUAGAGCCCAAUUAGAAGAACAGCAACAAGCUUUAUUACUUCGAGAAUUGGGAUUAAAUUGGCCAGUGCAAUCUUUACUACAAAGUACUAGUCGUGGAAAUUUCCAACAGCAACAGUCAGAUUUUGUUAAACAAUUUUUAAAGCCACAAGUUCCACAAACUUCUUUAACAAAUAUUCAACAGCAACAGCGUGAAUUAACACCAAAAAGGCCUUCCUUAAUUCAAGAUUUUGGAAGUAAUAUGCCACAAAAUUCUCGUUAUUCUUUAAUUCAACCUCAUCUUCAACAAGCACAAAUUCAAUCUAACAAAAUUGGAAUUUCCCCAUCUUCUGAUACUUCGUAUUUGACGGAAGAAGAGGAAAAAUAUAAACGUUUUUUAUUUGAUAAGCUUGAAAAAAUUGAUAAAGAAAAAACCCAGUCAGCUGCAAUGCAGAAAAAUGCUGAAAAAAAGGCAAAAGCUUGUGAAAAAUUGUUGGCUAAAGCUUCUCAAGAACCUUCUUUUAUGGCUGCAAUGGAUAAUGAUGAGAAUGAUGACAAUUAUGAAAGUCGAGAUGGGCAGUCUUCUACUGAUGCUCUUAUUAAUCGAAUUUAUGCUGAAAAUAGAAGAAAGGCGGCAGCGGCGAAUCCAAUUCCUCCAUUAAUUUCUGCAGAAGAAAAUCGUCAAUUAAUGAAAGAGGACACAAUUCGUUUAAAAGAGGAAUAUGAACGGGGACUUCAACUUUUGCCUGAUUUAAUUAAAGCAAUGCGAAUUCGAAGAGAAGAACGUCAAGAUAUUGUGGAACAGAAAAAGAUAGUUUACGAGGAACAAUUGACUAUUUGGGAGAAGAAAGUGAAUGCUCAUGAGAAAAAUAAAAAGAAAUUGGUUAGGGACGGUAAACAUCGAGAGAUUUUUGAAAAGACGUUUGUUGAACUUCGAAAAAUGCGUGAAGAAAAGGAACGAAGUAAUCGCGGAGUUGAACGUAUUCGAUUUUCUUUGACUCAAGGAGGAAUUGCAAAUAUUCCCCCAUUAACUUCUCCAUUGUUUGCUGAAGCACAAAAUGUCACACAAAUGGGGGAAGAGAAAAUGGAGAUUGAUCAAGAAGAAGAUAAACAAGAAACAUGUAGCAAUAAACCAUCAGAAAUUGAUGAAAAAGUGGUUGCUAGUUGUGUUGUGCCUCCAGUCUAUACAAACCGUCCUGGACGAUUUUUUGACAACAGGAAUGGAAUUGUUGAAAAUGCACUUUCUGACUCUCGUGCCCAAUUAGAAGCUUUUCAAAUUGCUUGGUCAGAUUCUGAAAAGGCUGUUUUCAAUGAAAAGAUUGCUGUUUAUGGGAAAAAUUUUGCCGCAAUAUCAGCAUUUUUGCCACUGAAGAGUGUAAAAGACUGCGUUUAUUUUUAUUAUAUGACUAAAAAACGAAAUAAUUAUAAAGCAAAAUUUGGUAGAAGACGAAAGAAAUUGGGAAGACAAGGGUUGGAAUUUUGGAUUAUAUUUAAUAUUUUUAAAAACAGAUAUCGCCCUCCGGUUAUGCCACGUUUUGGAGACACUAACGAGAACUUGGAAAAUUAUGGCCGAAGUUGUAGAUUUGUUGAAUGUCUCCUUUGUGAUUCUCGAAUUCUUGUAUUGGAAUCUCUAGCUCAAAGACACUCACAUCAAUUUGAAGAAUUUUCUGCCAAUAUUUCUCAAGGCGCUACAUUUGGAGGAAGUAUGGGCAGCGAAGAUCUUUUACUUCAGCAAGAAAAACAUCAUCAAGAAAUGCCUAUUUGUACAAAAUGUCAGACUCAAGCCCAACGAAAUAGAACACUUAACAGAUGUCCUUUGAUAAGUUGUGUCUGUGUUGGGGGCAAACGAAAGAUGAAACCUUCAAGAAAUAUUCCUGAUAAAUUUGGAACACUCAAUGCUAAUCAAAAACGAUUUCUUAUUAACAGACUGAAAAUGCCCCCAACUUCAAACAAAUGUUGUACAAAUUGCUUCAAAAGGAUUUCUAAAGAUAUUGAAGAUCUUUUACUUGGUGAACUUCAAUCUGAAUUUGGUGUUUUUCUAAAACGUUCAACAGUCGGAGAGGAAAGAUUAGUGGAGGAAGAAGAAUUAUUAGGCGAACAAAAGGUGCCAGAGGGGAUUGGAAUUGAUGAAGUUGUUUGGCCAUUAGAGGGCCAACCACCUUUUAAAGAAUUAAAAUUAGAUGAAGAAACAGAAAUAGAUGAGGAAACUAAAAGUUUGAUGAAACUCAAAAAGGAAUUGGAUGAUCAAGAGGAACAAAUUCAGAAUGAACGUCCUCCACUUGGUUCUAUUACAAAAGGUACUCCUAACCGUUCGAGAAGUUUAUUAAUUGAAACUUCAUUAGCUUCUUUAGCUCAAUCUUCUUCUACUACUACUUUAACAACUGAAGCUACUAAUAUAAAUUUGUUUGACACUUCAAAACAACAAACAAUUCAAGAUCUUUUGGCUAAAUUUUCUAUUGCAAAUUCAAAUAAUGAUACAGCUGCAGCAACGGAAUUAGGGUUUCAAAUAAAUAAAUUACUAGAAACUUUUCCAAUUGAAUUAUUGUUUGAUAAUCUUCAACAACAACCACAAGUACAACAACAACAAAAUUUUGAAGAAAUUAAAUUACCCGUUGAAAUUGUUGAAGUUAAAGAAGAAAAAAUUGUUAAACAGCCAGAAGAAUUACCUUGUGUUAAUUUGCAACAGCAACAGCAACAAAUCCGUCCAAAGAAAGUUGUAGGAAAUGAUAUUUUGAGGCGAAAAUCUGGUCUGGCAAAUGUUCUUCUUCCAUCUCCUGUUGCUACCUCCUCCGAAUCUUCAGUUACUUCAGCAAAUAUAAGAGGUAUUUCUCAUAGUUUUUCAUCUUCAACAACACGUCUUUUACCAACUGGGGAGACUGAAAAUCUACAGCAACAACAACAACCACCACAACAACCAUUUACUGCAUCCAUUCCUUCUAUUAUUGAAAAACCAGUUUUGGAACAACAACAAACGACUAAUUUAACAAUAAAAACUUUAAACGAAAUAUCCUUUCCAAAUAUACCAAAGGCAGAAUCUACACAAGACCAUCUAUCCUCUUGUUACGAGUCACUUUCUGAUGAUAGUGAUGAUGAACGAGAAAAAAAGCAAAAUCAGAAACAACAGAAACAAGAACGACAACAGAAAAAUAAUGGAGAUGAUGGUAUGGAAGCUUCUAAAAAUCCAAUCAAAAUCACAACACAACAAAUUCAACAAUUAUCAACUACAUCUACGGAUAAACCUACACCAAUUUCAACUCCUUUGCCUACUUUUAUGUCGUUAUUUGAUCUUAUGUACGAAGGAAAUGAGAAAAAAGUAGAGGAAGAUGAACAACAAAUAGCUGGAACUUCUUGUAGCAAUAUUUCUCCUCAAUCUACUACUACAAUAAUAUCUCAACAACAACAACCAACAAUUUCUAAUUUCUUUCAAACAAUUCCAGCAACUAAAAUAUCUGAAAAUAAAACAAAUGAAGGGGGAGGAGGAGAAGGAUGUUUAUAUGAACCGCUUUCUUCAGAUGAUGAGACAUAA